CAAAUAUCACUUUCACUUUGUCUAUUCUUCUUCCUUGACUCUUUCAUUUAAUAAUCCCUCAUCUAAUUAUUAACAACAUUUAAUUUCAUCCCUUUAUAUAAAUCCUUCCCUUCCUUUUUUCUUCUUCUUCUUUGUCACUGUCCUUUGUUCUUUGUCAUAGUUGUUAAGGAAGCUCAACAAAUUUCUCCUGUGAUGUUGAUCAAGAAAUCUAUUUUCAGCAACCCCAUGUGAACAAAAGGGAUUUACCAAUCGAAGAUCUUGCAUAGGGAAAUGGAGAAAGCAGCGACAUUAGUUGCAUUUAGACUAUUUGUUAUUUUAUCGAUUUUACUUCUACCAAAUGUAUCAGAGGCAGAACCUAGAUCUCAGACGGUCCAGAUCAUAUGCGGUAACCAGCUUGAGCAUAAUACUACAGCUUAUGUCCCGAAUUUUGUUGCCACUAUGGAAACCAUAAGUGAGCAAAUGAGAACUAAAGGCUAUGGAGUAGCACUCACCGGCAGUGGACCGGAUGCUAACUACGGACUAGCACAAUGCUAUGGUGAUCUUUCUUUACUCGACUGUGUCUUAUGCUAUGCUGAAGCUCGAACCGUCCUUCCCCAAUGCUUUCCAUUCAAUGGAGGGAGAAUUUAUCUUGAUGGCUGCUUUAUGCGGGCUGAGAAUUACACAUUCGAUCACCAGUAUUUAGGACCUGAAGACAGACAUGUCUGUGGAAAUAGAACCAGAAAGGGUUCUUUGUUCCAACAAACCGCUAGGCUUGCUGUCCAGCAAGCGGUUGCUAAUGCACCAAACAAUAAUGGCUAUGCACGUGCUGAAGUGGCAGUGCCCGGGGCAAAGAACGAGACGGCUUAUGUCCUAGCUGAUUGUUGGAGAACAGUGGGUGCUAACUCGUGCCGAGCUUGUUUGCAAAAUGCAUCUGCCUCCAUGAUGGGGUGCUUACCCUGGUCAGAAGGCCGAGCAUUGUACACUGGAUGCUUCAUGAGGUACUCGGAUGUUAAUUUUCUUAAUGCUAUAGCUAGCAGUGGAGACUCAUCAUCAAAUGGAGUGGUAGUAAUUGUAAUUGCUGUUGUUAGUGCUGUGGUCGUCUUCGUAGUUGGAGCUGUUAUCGCCUUUUAUAUGUGGAAGAACAAACAAAUACAGAAGAAGAGAAAAGGUUCCAAUGAUGUGGAGAAAUUAGUGAAGACCCUUAACGACAGCAGCUUGAACUUCAAGUAUUCAACUCUUGAGAAAGCCACUGGGUCUUUUGAUGAGGCAAACAAGCUUGGGCAAGGUGGAUUUGGUACAGUUUAUAAGGGAGUUCUACAAGAUGGGAGAGAGAUUGCUGUCAAGAGGCUGUUCUUCAACAACAAACACAGAGCUGCAGAUUUUUAUAAUGAAGUCAACAUUAUUAGCAGUGUUGAGCACAAAAAUCUAGUAAGGUUAUUAGGAUGCAGCUGUUCUGGACCCGAAAGCCUUCUUGUAUAUGAGUUCCUCCCGAACCAGAGUCUUGAUCGGUUUAUCUUUGAUCCUGCCAAAGGUAAAACGCUGAACUGGGAGAAAAGAUUUGAAAUCAUUAUAGGGACUGCAGAAGGUUUGGUGUACCUCCAUGAAAACAAUAAGACGAGGAUCAUUCAUAGAGAUAUAAAAGCCAGCAAUAUCCUGUUGGAUUCAAGGCUCAGAGCUAAAAUAGCUGAUUUUGGGUUGGCAAGGUCUUUCCAAGAAGACAAGAGUCACAUAAGCACUGCUAUUGCUGGGACUUUAGGUUAUAUGGCACCAGAAUACUUAGCCCAUGGCCAACUAACCGAAAAGGCAGAUGUUUACAGCUUUGGUGUUCUUUUAUUGGAGAUAGUUACUGGAAGGCAGAAUAAUAGAAGCAAAAACACUGAAUACUCCGACAGUUUAAUUUCCAUUGCAUGGCAGCAUUUUCAGCAUGGGAGAGUAGAGGAACUGUUUGACCCAAAUCUUAUGCUGCACAACUACCACACAAGUAAUGUAAAAAAGGAGGUUCUGCGAAUGGUACAUGUAGGACUUUUGUGCACACAAGAGGUUCCAGGAUUAAGACCGUCCAUGUCAAAGGCAUUGCAGAUGCUAGUAAAGAAAGAAGAAGAGUUACCGGUUCCAUCUAAUCCUCCCUUUGUAGAUGAGAAAACCAUGGAGCUUCAUGAUCCUUGGGAUACCCCAUCUAAAGAAGGCGAUUCGGCUUCAAUUGCAAACGUUUCUCACAGUUCUUUCUACCCCAGAUGAUGUAUCAGUGUCCUCAAACUGAGAUAUGACAUAAAUCUGUGAGACAACAAAUGUUGUGCGUCUCAAGUGUUGUCUUGCCUCGUGUUCCUUUUUGCAGACUCUGGGAGCAGAUGUUUGUUUGCAACAAGUUGCUUUGUCAUUGUAAUGGUGAAGAGAGAGAUUGUUGGGCAAACUAUCGGUAUAAUUGUAGCAUAAGAUAAAAAUAUAAAAGUGAAGUAAGAGCCUAUUGGGUACACCAUUGGUGUGAUUGUAACACAAGAUUAAAUACAACUUAUGUUGAUUAUGAGAACGGUCUAAUUCCAAGUUACUAGUACAUUAUGAAUGUAUUGAAUAGGACAAGUAGAGAAAAUAUAUUGACUAUAUACAACAACUCUCUAGCUAAUUAGAUGUAUUUGUACUCUUAAUCUGGAUAGGACAAUGUAUAUUGUUUAUCCUUUUUAUUUAUUAAUAGGUGAAGUUCAUUAUA